GCAUAAAUUGUUUGUGUUUUUCAGAGUUGUGAACUUGUAAAGAUGGCUUUCUAAGAUUGGAGUUUCUUCUGUUCAGGAAUUUAGCGGAUAUUGUAUAAGUAUGGCUGUAGAGUUAGUACUGUCAAGUUUACAGAAUGCUGGAAGUCAGGAUCCCCUGGCAAUACGGCAGGCAGAGGAACAGCUUAGGCAGUGGGAGAUUGAGCCUGGUUUCUAUACUAUUCUCAUGAACACGUUCACAGAUUACAGCAUUGAUGCCAAUAUCAGGUGGCAAGCAGUUGUGUACUUCAAGAACGGAGUAGAUAAAUAUUGGAGAACAAAUGCUCCCAAUGCUAUCAGUGAGGAAGAAAAGGUGGGNCCCCCCCCCCCUGGUUCUUACAUCAAUGAUUUUGCAGAUAAGAUUCGAAGCAGGUUCCUUCGGUCCUUCUCUGAACCCGAGAAUAAGAUAGCUGUGCAAGUGGCGGUCUCUAUAUCUAAAGCUGCAAGGUUUGAUGUUCCUCGUGCCUGGCCUGAUCUUCUCCCAGCACUAAGUGAAGCUGUACAAUCCCAAGAUAAUACUGUUCAACACAGGGGUUUGCUUUAUCUACAUCACACCAUUAAGGCUCUAGCCAGCAAACGUCUAGCAGUGGAUAGACGUGCAUUCCUGGACCUCACUAAUAACAUUAUAGGAUACCUUUUGAACCUUUGGCAUGGCCUUCACCAAACCCUAUUGGAGAUGUUAAGAGUAGGAGAAGAAGGAUCAAAUCUUGCUCUUGCCAAAUCUAUUCUUGCAAUCAAGGUGCUCCGCAGGCUAGUGGUUCAAGGACUUAAACGUCCGCAGGACAACACAGAGGCAAUGAUGUUUGUUGAUAAACUGUUUGAUGAAGCCAAGAACCUUCUGCAAGCAAGAAAGAAUAUUAACUGUGUGCUCCGUGAACCCAUGGAGAAAUAUAUUGUACUGCAUCAGAAGAUUUGGGCAGAUCUUUUAGAGAGUCAUCCUUACGCUUUCGUCAGUCAUAUCAGGAAAUCUUUAACGUUUAUCUGUUCCCUGUGUUUUACGGAUGAUGGAAGAGGAUUAAUGUUCCAACGAUUUAUCAUUUUCUGCUUUAAUAUUUUGAAGGGUAUCCUGGUGUGUAUGGAGUAUAAACCCCCGAAGAAUAUGAUAGAUACUAAGGAGGAGGCUACACUGGAAGCUCACGCCUUGAAAUCCGAAUUUUUUCAAUUAAACACUGUCACAGAAAUUUGCAGAAGAUUAAUCUCCGACUACCUUCUGAUGACUAAAGAGGAUCUAGAGCUAUGGGGAGAAGAUCCAGAAGAAUUUGCGUGUGAAGAAACAGGGGACAGUUGGAAAUAUUGCUGGAGACCCUGCUGUGAAGCUGUGUUUGUAACUGUUUUCCAUGAAUACAGGGAAAGCUUGGCUCCUGUAUUAGUGGAUAUGGUUCGAUCCAGUCAAACCCUUCUGGAUCCUACAAACCUGCCUGCUAUCCUACAGAAGGACGCUGUUUACGCUGCGGUCGGACACGCGGCGUUCGAUCUAUACGACGAGAUAGAUUUCGACUCCUGGCUCACCAGUAGUUUAGGACAGGAACUAGAUGUCAAGGACUCCAACUACCGAAUUAUACGACGCCGUGUUUGCUGGCUCCUAGGACAAUGGUCUGGGGUUAAACUAUCACCUGGGCUAAGACCUAGGUUGUACCAGCUCCUCCUCCCUCUACUAGCUGAGGAAGAGGACCUUGUCGUCCGUCUUGCAGCAGCUAAGGCGUUAAAAGUUGUGAUUGAUGAUUUUGAGUUUUCUAUUGAAGAAUUGGAACCUUACUUGGCUCAAGUAUUCUCCCUACUGUUCAACCUUCUCAAGGAGGUAAAUGAAUGUGAUACGAAGCUGAACGUAUUGAAUGUGUUGAGCUACUUUAUAGAACGUGUAGGAGUUGGUAUCCGUCCUAUCUGCUCAUCUUUACUUCAUUAUCUACCAAUACUAUGGGAGGAAUCCUCUAGGCAUGAUAUGCUUCGCUGUGCUAUAUUAACAACCCUGGUUUUUAUUGUGCAAGGUUUGGGAACUGUUAGCGAGGGGUUACUUCCCUUCCUUGCACCAGUUCUAGAUCUAUCUACCGAUCUUACACAGGAGUCCCAUAUAUAUCUAUUAGAGGAUGGAUUAGAGCUGUGGUUGACUGUACUGCAUAACACUGCUAAACCAUACAACGAGCUGGUCAACCUGCUCCCACGUAUACCUCCACUGCUAGAGAUGGGGUCGGAAAACCUAAGAACUACAAUAUAUAUUAUACAGGCAUAUGUUCUGUUGUGUCCAAGUCAGGUGAUGGAGACUGUAGGUCCUGCAAUAGUGGCUGAGUGUGCCAAGAUGUAUCCAGAACUUGUUGAUGAUGGUAGACUGAUGAUAUUACGAUUAGUAGAAUCCUGGAUUAGAUGCGGACCUCCAAAUACUACACAGGUGCUAGAACCUCUACUGUUGAUAGUGGUUGAAGCUGUUCACACUGGAGAGGAUUAUCCUGUCCUCAUGUCUCUUCAUCUCUCCAUCCUCUCCCGGCUCAUCCUCAUCUCCCACUCACUCUUCUCUCAACUCUGUCUCACGGCAGCAACCCUCAUCAACUCAAACCAUAACGAUGUGGCGGGAAAGGUAUUGGAUGUUUGGUGUGAUAAGAUGGCUUGUGUAACUGCUCCAGAGCGAAGAAAACUUCUCUCCCUCGCCCUGGCUUCUCUGCUUACUACGGAGUCACCUGUUGUUCUCUCAAGAGUUUACAUGGUCUUCCUUAAUAUCGCUGAAACUUUGAACGACGUGACCCGUCCCGACGAUUCCGGCGCCAUUGUCGACAGUCUGAUGGCAGGUCAAGGAGAUGCUGUGCUGGAUACUGAUGAUAUUGAUUAUGAAACAGAGCAUGACAGUAGGAAGCGACAUGUUGCUAUGCAGGAUCCUGUACAUACUGUAGUACUCAAGGAUUAUGUACAAUCACAGGUGCAGCAGAUGGCCCAGCAGCUGGGUGAGACCAACUACAAGGAAAUCAUCAUGAACGUUGACGUGGAGACGAGGGAUAAUCUUUUGGAAUUCCUUACUCUUUGAUUUUUAAUGGACUGCUCACGGUUUUUAUUCGAGUUGAUUCCGGUUUCUCGGUUGCAAAAUCAACACCGUGAACGGUCUCUUCCCAACAUUCAUGCUCUAAAGAAAUCCUAACUACGACAUGGUAGCUAAUGCACAGUGUUACUAUCCUUUAUAUAUUAUUAAUCAUAUAUAGAAUUCAAACAUAUAUACAAACCCCCUCUCCCUUUUCUUGUUAACAUUUUUUUUGUCUUAAAUGUGAUCUACAGCAGUCAAAAUAAUUUCUGGUCAAAUCAACCUGUGAGUAACGUAUCACAUACCCUACUUAUUAUAAUCUUGAUUAAUAAUUUAAUUAGUUGUGGUUAAACAGAUUAUAUUAUUUUAUUUCACAGUUCUUUAUAAAUAUUUACAAAAUGGAUGCGUUAUUCAUACAAUUUCUAACAAAUUUAUUUUUUUCUCUGGGUGUUUUUCCCCUUCCCUUCCACAUCAUGGAACAGCUGAAUUAAGUUCCGAUUAUUUUCAGAAAA